AUGCAACCUCCAUCGUCACCGACCCGACCCACGCACCCCCACAGCCGUAAUACAAUAGUACCCUCUACCCCUACACUCUCCACAGCGCCGCCUCCCGGAGGACAUGCCGCCGCCACCAACCCCGCCGUCUCGGCCGCCCUGCAGGGCGCAACCCUCGCGUUCAACAAGCAAAAGAAGGCCGCUGUAGCGGCUGCGCAGCAGCAACAGCAGCAGCGGGGUGGUGUUGGGCGUGGCCCGUCCCCGGCCAGACCGUCACAGCAAUCGCCGCAGUUGCAGCCGCAGCACCAGCAGCAGCAGCAUCAACAGCAGAAGCAACAACAGCAGAAGCAGAAUAGUGGUGCUGUUGUGGGAUCUGGGCCGGCGCCGCGGGGGGGUAACGGCGCGCUGCUGGCUGCGACACAGGCGGCGAGGGGACAUUCUGCUGCUGCGGCGUCGCGUGGUGGGAUGAAGGAGGUCGGUUCUACUACGGCAACGGAAACGGGGACGGGGACUGGGUUGGAGGGGGGUCAUGGGCAGGGUGGGCUGGUUGUGCAGAGGAUGCUGGAUCUGCAUGCGAGUGGUGGUGGUGGUGGGAGCACGCUGCUUCCUCCUCCGGGUGGGAGGUCGGGCGCCGAUAGCAGUGGCAAGCGGGCGUCAUCGACUUCGCCCUCGAUGAUUGCCGCUACGCUGGCUGCGAGUCGGUCGGUUUCGCCGGCUAGGGGCCCGAUUCCACAGUUGGAUUUGAACGGUGGGAAGGUCACUCGGAAACGGGGGCAGAGUGUGGGCGCGGCGAGUGUCGCAGCGGGCACGGUGGGGUUGGGAGUGGUAGGGGGGAUGAGACAGGAAGCGGAGGUUCUGGACACGGCUUCUAUCCCGCCGACCACGUCACUGGUGUCGCUGUUUGAGGGCAAGAGGGGUGAGGACGACGUGGACCCUGUUAAGAAGAGGGCGCCAUCGGUCAGGACGAAGAAUCUCGACAGGGACGAACAGGUAUCGGCGGAGAGGACACCACAAGAGCCGCAGAGGGCGAAACCGAAACCCACACCCAAGCCGAAACCGAAGCCAGAGUUAGCUACAAAUCCUGCUGGGCCGGGGCCGUCUGAUGAGGCACGCGAGUCUUCUCAAGGAAUGAAUCGGUCUGGUGAUACGGGGAGAGGCGAUCGCAGCGAUGGGAGGGGCCGCUCCGAAGAAAAGCCACCCCAGCGCCGUGCUAGGAGUCAGAACAGCGAGCACAAACCGGCCAAGAAACCGAAACCUGCACAUCGUGGUUCCCCAACACCCCCGCCGCCCGUUCCUGCGCGAACUCCCUCAAACCACAUUUCCUCACAGCCAAAGAAGGCAAUCAAGACACCACGCCUGAAACCGCCUACCCCUUCGGUCAAGACAUCGUCCGUAACCAAGAUGGUGGAGCCGAUUGUUCAAGUUACACCCGUCGAGCCAGACGAAGACCAAGUCGACCUAUUUCUUGGUCAAAGCCGGACUCCAAAGCCGCGACAAGUAUCACAGGGUUCGACUUCAUCCAACGACACGUUUGUCUCAGCGUCUUCUGUGCCGUCAGGGGCCGUAUCACCAACUAGGGAGGCGGACAACACCCCGCAUCGACCUGCCUUGCCAGCACGAAGCCCCUCGUCCCGAUCGAUCUCAACGCCUAACCCACCGCGACACCCGGCGACACAACCCUCAACGCCCAACCUCACCCUCAGUUCCCUCACCAACGCCAUGAUGGCAAGCAAUCUCGCUGCCGCCCGCCUCACCCCAACCACGCCCUCCCAGCCCCCUCCUCUCCCGGCACCCCGCCGAUCGGGUCGGAGCCCGCUACAACCCCACCACACUGCGGACAGCAUCCGCUCGCAACUCACAGGCGGAAGCAAAUCCCCAAACCACCCGAACCAUCAACAGAAACAAAGGACGGGCAUGCUCCAAACCCUGCGGAGCCCGCACACCUCGCUCUCCGACGACGAAGACGCGCGCCGACAGCACCACCAACGCCGGCGCAGCAAGGUCCUCGGGGGCAGCAACCGCAAGCACGCGCACCACGAGGGCUCGCGCCGGCGCUGGCGCGACGAGAUCACUGUGCGCGAGCGCAGACGCUACGAAGCCGUGUGGGCGAGUAACAAGGGCCUGUUUCUCCGACCCGGGUGGGCCGCACAAUACCAGAACAACAACAGCCUCCUCCCCCCGGGACCCGGCGCAACCGGAACAACAGAAGAAGAAACGCACAACCAGACCCGCGACCGAGUCGAAGCCAGCCGGGCCGGGCACGGCGCCGAGGCGGACCUGGUCGUCAACGUGGUGGCGCGCGACAUCUGGAGCCGCAGCCGGCUGCCCGCCGACGAGCUGGCCGAGGUGUGGGACCUGGUCGACCGCGGCGCGCGCGGCGCCCUGGGCCGCGACGAGUUCGUCGUCGGGCUGUGGCUCAUCGACCAGCGCCUGCGCGGCCGCAAGAUCCCUGCUCGCGUGAGCCAGAGUGUGUGGGAUAGUGCGGCUGGUGGGCACCAUGGGGUUGUGGUGCCGCUUCCUGCGGGUGCUGGUGCUGGGGGUGGGGGUGGGAAAAAGGGGAGGCGUGGGUGGUAG